ACAGAGAACCAACACAAGAUUUCUCAACCGAACUUUUGACGUCGGCCAGAGGAAAGUUCUACAAUGCGUGAGUGCAUUUCAGUCCACGUUGGCCAGGCAGGUGUGCAAAUGGGCAAUGCAUGCUGGGAGUUGUAUUGCCUGGAGCAUGGGAUCCAGCCAGAUGGCCAGAUGCCAAGUGAUAAAACGAUCGGAGGGGGCGACGACUCCUUUAACACUUUCUUCAGUGAGACGGGAGCUGGAAAACAUGUCCCAAGAGCGGUCUUUGUCGACCUGGAGCCUACUGUCAUUGAUGAGGUGCGCACAGGUACUUACCGCCAGCUGUUCCACCCUGAGCAGUUGAUCACCGGUAAGGAAGAUGCAGCCAAUAAUUAUGCUCGUGGUCACUACACCAUUGGCAAAGAGAUCAUUGAUCUGGUGCUGGACAGGACUCGCAAACUGGCUGAUCAGUGCACUGGGCUCCAGGGCUUCCUGAUCUUCCACAGUUUUGGUGGUGGCACUGGCUCUGGGUUCACCUCCCUCCUUAUGGAACGGCUCUCUGUUGACUACGGAAAGAAGUCCAAGCUUGAGUUUGCCAUUUAUCCUGCACCCCAAGUAUCCACAGCAGUGGUGGAGCCCUACAACUCCAUCCUCACCACCCACACCACCCUCGAGCACUCUGACUGUGCCUUCAUGGUAGACAACGAGGCCAUCUACGACAUCUGCAGAAGAAACUUAGACAUCGAGCGUCCCACAUACACAAACCUCAACAGGCUGAUCGGGCAGAUCGUUUCCUCCAUCACCGCCUCCCUGCGCUUCGAUGGAGCCCUGAACGUAGAUCUGACCGAGUUCCAAACUAACCUGGUGCCCUAUCCACGUAUCCACUUCCCUUUAGCCACCUACGCCCCAGUGAUCUCCGCUGAGAAAGCCUACCACGAGCAGCUCUCUGUUGCAGAAAUUACCAACGCUUGCUUUGAACCAGCCAAUCAGAUGGUGAAGUGCGACCCCCGUCACGGCAAGUACAUGGCUUGCUGUCUGCUGUACCGUGGAGAUGUCGUACCCAAAGACGUCAACUCUGCCAUCGCCACCAUCAAAACCAAACGCACCAUCCAGUUUGUGGACUGGUGUCCCACCGGGUUCAAGGUUGGCAUCAACUACCAGCCCCCAACUGUGGUUCCCGGAGGAGACCUGGCUAAAGUGCAGAGAGCCGUGUGCAUGUUGAGCAACACCACAGCCAUUGCUGAAGCCUGGGCUCGUCUGGACCACAAGUUUGAUCUGAUGUACGCCAAGAGAGCUUUCGUUCAUUGGUAUGUGGGUGAAGGUAUGGAGGAGGGAGAGUUCUCAGAGGCCAGAGAAGACAUGGCUGCCCUGGAGAAGGAUUAUGAAGAGGUGGGCACAGACAGCGUCGGAGAAGAAGGAGAGGAAGAAGGAGAGGAGUAUUAAAAACACCACUCGUCCCAGUUUUCGAAACAGCAUUUUCACUGGCAAAAUAUUGCUGAUGCUCUCCAUGCUCUUUUUGAAGAUGUAGUUUACAAGUAGUUUUUAUUUUUUACUCAGAUUUUCCUGUUACUUAUGUGUGGUGUCUGUUUUUGGUAGUCUGUGUAUAGUAUAAACAAAUUGUCCACUUGCAGGCCAACCUCCAAGCGCACAUGACAAACCAAAAAGGUUAAGGUGAUAUCAUCUAAAGACUUCCUUUAAAAUUCAGGUCAUCAGCAAAAUGAAAACCAGUACUUGCAAAAGUUACAACAUAGACAGAAACAUUGAGAACUGCUACAAUGCUAACCGCUAGAGUGUAAACAGCUUUCAUUUUCUUGGUUUAAGUGCUCUUGGGUGAGAAUAAAAGAUCAGGCUGUACUGUGCCACCUGAAAA